UGUCCUCUGAUUUCAGGAAGAAGGAUCCAGACUCUUUCUCACCAACACCAUAUACAUCGGUGCGCCAGUAAACUCCAAUGUCACCGUCAAUCCAAUCAGCUUCAACAUCACCUGCCCGCUCUUGACCGGGACAUACCCCCUCGCUCAGACGGUGGUGAUAUCUGGAGUGAACGCGAUGGAGCUGUACCCUCUCACCAUGGCUGCCUACAACGAUACAGAAUUUAUGGCUCCAUAUACUGCUAAUGAAAGGAUCCUGGGGUCAGAGGUCUACGUGGCGCUGUACGCCUACACGGGCGGGGAUACCUACGUUCUCCGACUACAGGACUGCACUGCCAGUCCCACCACUGACCGCAACAACACGAAGGCUCUCCAUCUUAUAUCACAGGGGUGUGCCACUGACAACGUGACCCGGAUAUUACAGAAUGGGAACUCCACAGAGGUCAGGUUGGAGAUCAGCCCCUCGCAGUUCCCGAAUUUUGCCACCGUAUAUCUGUUCUGUGACGUCCGGCUUUGUUUGAAGAGUGAAGAAGAAUGCACCGCGUGUAAGGAAUCGCAGUAUUUCAGCAUGGGGGUCACACAACUCCAACUGGACCUGAAGAUCAGAGGUAACUCACAACAGUAAGAGCAGAGCCCAACUGUCUUUAUAGACAGCCAACAAAUGGGUGCCAAAACGGGCCCCGCCCAGCCCCCAGCACUAGGUUCCUUUGGUAUUGCUCCAUAUGAUCUAAGUGCCUCCUUAUGUGGUGAGCCAGGAACCCUUUCAAAACAAUCUUCUAACCCCCGAACCCUGAAAAUUAUCACAUGAUCGAUAACCCCGUCCUUUCUCCUAACCUAACCCUGAGUCUGGCAUUACACCGGUGCAAUGCGGUCCAAACCUUUCCCACAAUUCACUUCUACUUGGGCUUAUUUAUCGGCUGCCUGGUAAGUUUGGGUGAUAUUUGGCUGCCCACAAAUUGGCUGGAUCCGGGGCAGAUCUAGAUUUUGAUUGGCUCACCUCAGCACGAGGAUGCGGGUGCUUUAUUAAAGGUUAAAAGACAGAAGGGUGCCAACUUAAUAUAUGCUGGGGGGGGCUCAGAGAUGUCAACCCUGGUUGGCUGCAUGUAAUGGAAAAAUGACAGGUACUCUUCACUGGCUGGUGUUUUAUAUAGGUGAUAGUACAUUAUAUGGCUGGUCACCAUUUUUUCUUUCAAUGUGUCUUAUAUUGUUCUCCUGUGACCAGAGGCGGCUCUAGGCUUUGUGAGGCUGCAGAAAAUGCACGGAUCUAGCACACAGGUGAUCAGCACCACUUCCAGGGCACCCUCCUCCUCACCCAUCAGACAUAUGCAGCCAAUGCAAGAGAGUGGGGGAGUGAGAAAGAGAGAGGGGUGAUAGAGAGAUCCGAUGGUGCUGACAUUAGGUAAAUUAGGUGGUCGCAAGGCCCCUGUGAGUUCGAGGCCUUAGGUGACCGCCUAAUUUGCCUGAAUAGAGAGCCGCCUCUGCCUGUGACCUCAGUACUAUCCUUGUCUGCAUGUAAUGAAAAGGAGGCAAUAGACAGGUACUCUUCUUUGGCUGGUGUUUUAUAUGGGUUAUGGUACGUUAUAUGGCGGGUCACCCAAGAGUUUGUACAAUGUGUCUUCUAUUGUUUUCCUGUCCUUGUCUGUCUUUGUCCGUCGUUGCCUUCAACCUCCUAAUAACAACCAAUGGGAACCAUUUAUAAUAUGCGUUGCGAUCGAGCCGGGACAAUAAAGAAGAAAAAUCGAUAU